AUGGAAGAUAUAAUUGAGGUAAAAAGUGAAACAGAAGAAACCAACCCAAAUGUCGUAGAAUCUGACUUUUCUUACCCCAAUAACCAAAAACCAAACCCAAAAUACAAACCUCAAGGAGACAUCCAAAUUUCUGUUGGAGAUCCUACUAUAAACAACGCCUCAAUAAGAAAAUAUGCGUUAUACCCUAUCACUGGAAAUGAUUCUUCAGGAAAUUUCCAAAUAAAUCGCCGCUAUAAAGAUUUUCGCGCUUUAAGAGAUGUUUUAUCAAAGCAAUGACAAGGCUGCUAUAUUCCUCAGAUUCCUCCCAAGCAAAUGAUUGUAAAUUCUAUAUAGGGAAAUUUACAAGCAGAUUUCCUUGACCAGCGCAAAAAGCUCCUGGAGUUUUUCCUUAUAAAAACGGCCAAAAUUCCUUAUAUUUACCAAUCAGAAAUUUUCCAACAGUUUAUUAGAGGUCCUCAAGACUUUCUUAAAUGUGUAGGGCAUAUAGGCAGACUCCCUUAUACAAAGCAAGUUAACAUUUAUAAAGAAAUAUUUUCAGAUUCAGCUAAUUUUAUAGGAAAUGAAGAAAGUAAUAGAGAAAUGAAAGAAAUUCAGAAGGAACUUGCUAAUUGCUUGACCAAUUUGCAGAUGCUUGAAGGAAAGUGCAAAAUGACAGUGGAUUAUUUUGGUUUCUAUCAGAAAGAGAUACAAGGAAUGUUUGGAGAUUUGAAAAAUGUUAAUAAAUUAUAUUUGGAUGAUAUAGAAAUUAAUUGCGAGACAAGAAAAUUAGAAAAAAAUCCAUAUAUUGGUAUAUUGGAUUGGGUUAGGACAGAAAUUUUAGAUUUAUCAGGACUUGUGGACGCAAUCCAAGACAAAUUUAAUUUAGAAGCAGCCCAACUAAAAACUGCUGAAAAAAUUGACAAAGAAAGGCAGCAUCUUUUGAAGCUUCAAAUUGGAAAAAGAAAUUUUUUUCAAAUAAUCUGCCAAAGUCCUAAAGAGCAUUAUAUAGAAAAAUCUAAUAGAGACAUCGCGAAGUUUGAAGAGGAGCUCCAAUGCAUAGAAAAAAUCACAAAUAUUGUGGCUGGGAAUUUAUUGAAUAAGACAAUACCAAAAUUCAAAGAAGGAAAACAGCAAAUUUAUGAUGCCAUGGUAAGGGGAUUUACAAGUGCAAGUAUAAAGGAGCUGGAAUUUCUGGUGAUGCAAAAUAAACAAGUUGAGCAGUGCUUUAAUUAA